GGCGCUCGAGCUGGGACUCGUGCACGGAUGGUGACACGUGUGGCCAAGUUACAACCGGCUAAGCGACAUUAAAUAAAUCCACUUUCUUUUUUUAUAUAGAGUUCACGAAUUUUAACGUUUUUUUUUAUUUUUCUGGAUUGAAAGUUUAACUACUGAGACGAAAAAUGGGACGCGGAGAAGGCCGAGAACAAUAUGAGCUGGCCGCCACCUCGGAGCAAGGGGGCAAGAAAUCCAAGUCCAAGGGCAAGAAGGACAAGGAUAAGGAUAUGGACGAGCUCAAAAAGGAAGUGGACCUGGAUGAUCACAGGCUAACCCUGGAGGAGCUCAGCGUGAAGUACGAAACCGAUCUAACCAGGGGGUUGACCAGCGCUCGCUCGAAGGAGAUCCUCGCUCGGGACGGACCCAACGCCCUCACCCCUCCUCCCACCACCCCGGAAUGGGUCAAGUUCUGCAAGCAGCUCUUCGGCGGCUUCUCGACCCUGCUGUGGAUCGGAGCCCUCCUGUGUUUCCUGGCGUACGGGAUCCUGGCCGCGUCCGAGGACGAGCCAGCGAACGAUAACUUGUACCUGGGUAUCGUCCUGUCUGCGGUGGUGAUGAUCACCGGGUGCUUCUCGUACUACCAAGAAGCCAAGAGCUCAAAGAUCAUGGACUCCUUCAAGAACCUGGUUCCUCAGCAAGCAUUGGUCAUCCGCGACGGCGAGAAGAUGAGCAUCAACGCCGAAGAAGUGGUGGUCGGAGACCUCGUGGAAGUCAAGGGCGGAGACCGAAUCCCAGCUGAUCUGCGCAUCAUCUCCGCCCACGGGUGCAAGGUGGACAACUCCUCCCUGACGGGCGAAUCCGAGCCCCAGACCAGGACCCCCGACUUCUCCAACGACAACCCCCUGGAGACCCGGAACAUCGCCUUUUUCUCCACCAACUGUGUCGAAGGUACCGCGAGAGGCGUCGUGAUCAGCACCGGAGACCGGACCGUCAUGGGUCGCAUCGCUACUCUGGCAUCCGGUCUGGAAGUCGGGAGAACCCCCAUUUCUAUCGAGAUCGAGCACUUCAUCCACAUCAUCACCGGCGUGGCUGUGUUUCUGGGCGUGUCCUUCUUUAUUCUGUCCCUGAUUCUCGGGUACAGCUGGCUGGAGGCGGUGAUCUUCCUCAUCGGGAUCAUCGUCGCCAACGUUCCCGAGGGUCUCCUGGCUACCGUGACCGUCUGUCUGACUCUGACCGCCAAGCGUAUGGCCAAGAAGAACUGCCUGGUGAAGAACCUGGAAGCCGUCGAGACGCUCGGCUCCACCUCCACCAUCUGCUCGGACAAGACCGGGACCCUGACCCAGAACCGCAUGACCGUGGCUCACAUGUGGUUCGACAACCAGAUCCACGAGGCCGACACCACCGAGAACCAGAGCGGAACCUCUUUCGACCGGAGCUCCGCCACCUGGGCCGGCCUGGCUCGGAUCGCCGGGCUGUGCAACCGCGCCGUCUUCCUCGCCGAUCAGGAGAACGUCCCCAUCCUUAAGAGAGAUACAGCCGGCGACGCCUCCGAAUCCGCCCUGCUGAAGUGCAUCGAGCUCUGCUGUGGUUCGGUAAAAGAAAUGAGAGCCAAAUACAACAAGAUCGCUGAGAUCCCCUUCAACUCCACAAACAAGUACCAGCUGUCCAUCCACAAGAACACCAACGAGGGGGAGAGCAAGCACCUGCUGGUGAUGAAGGGCGCCCCCGAGAGGAUCCUGGACCGUUGCUCGACCAUCGUGCUUCAGGGAAAAGAGCAGCCCUUGGACGACGAGAUGAAGGACGCCUUCCAGAACGCCUACCUAGAGCUGGGUGGCCUGGGCGAGCGAGUGCUGGGUUUCUGCCAUUUCAGUCUCCCUGACGACCAGUUCCCGGAGGACUUCCAGUUCGACACCGAGGACGUGAACUUUCCCACGGAGAACCUGUGCUUCAUCGGCCUCAUGUCCAUGAUCGAUCCUCCUCGUGCUGCCGUGCCUGAUGCUGUCGGCAAGUGCAGGAGCGCCGGAAUCAAGGUCAUCAUGGUUACUGGCGAUCAUCCCAUCACUGCCAAAGCUAUCGCCAAGGGCGUGGGCAUCAUCUCCGAGGGCAACGAGACUGUGGAGGACAUCGCCGCUCGCCUGAACAUCCCCAUCAACGAAGUCAACCCCAGAGAUGCCAAGGCGUGUGUGGUCCACGGUGGAGAUCUGAAGGAUUUGACCCCUGAGCAACUGGACGACGUGUUGAAGUAUCACACAGAGAUCGUGUUUGCCAGAACUUCCCCCCAGCAGAAACUCAUCAUCGUGGAGGGCUGUCAGCGACAGGGUGCCAUCGUGGCCGUGACGGGCGACGGCGUGAACGACUCUCCCGCCCUGAAGAAAGCCGACAUCGGCGUAGCCAUGGGUAUCGCCGGGUCCGACGUCUCCAAGCAGGCCGCCGACAUGAUCCUCCUGGACGACAACUUCGCCUCUAUCGUGACCGGAGUGGAAGAAGGCCGGUUGAUCUUCGACAACUUGAAGAAAUCGAUCGCCUACACCCUGACGAGUAACAUCCCCGAGAUCACACCGUUCCUGUUCUUCAUCAUCGCCAACAUCCCUCUUCCUCUGGGCACCGUGACCAUUCUCUGCAUCGACCUGGGAACCGACAUGGUUCCUGCAAUCUCCUUGGCUUACGAGGCUGCCGAAAGCGACAUCAUGAAGAGGCAACCCAGAAACCCCAGAACGGACAAGCUGGUGAAUGAAAGACUCAUCAGCAUGGCCUACGGACAAAUUGGUAUGAUCCAAGCUCUGGCUGGCUUCUUCGCCUACUUCGUCAUCCUGGCUGAAAACGGCUUCCUGCCCGCCACGCUCCUGGGUAUCCGUGUGCACUGGGACGACAAGUACACCAACGACCUGGAAGACAGCUACGGCCAGCAGUGGACGUACGAGCAGAGGAAGAUCGUGGAGUUCACCUGCCACACGGCUUUCUUCAUCAGCAUCGUGAUCGUGCAGUGGGCCGACGUGAUCAUCUGUAAGACCAGGAGGAACUCGGUCUUCCAGCAAGGAAUGAAGAACAAGAUCCUCAUCUUUGGACUGUUUGAGGAAACGGCUCUGGCGGCUUUUCUAUCCUACUGCCCAGGCAUGGACGUUGCCCUUAGGAUGUAUCCACUCAAACCAAACUGGUGGUUCUGUGCCUUCCCGUACUCUCUUCUCAUUUUUAUCUACGAUGAAAUCCGAAAGCUCAUCAUCCGGCGCAGCCCAGGAGGUUGGGUGGAGAGAGAGACGUACUACUAAAGCAUCCCGUCGACACCGCACACGUUUAUUUGCAUGGCUGUCUUGCUGCUUGGAAUUUUGAGCACAAUAAUUCAGAUUCUUUUUUUUUUAUAUAUAUAUACACAAACACACACGAACGAACAUCCGUAUCUCUACCGAGACGUUUGCGUGCCUUGUUUCUUACGCUGGGCCAACUUUAUAUACAUUUUUAAAACAGACAUGAAUAAAAUUCGGGUUAGUUCCCCACAUUAAAAGUUUUUUUUUUGUUUGUUUACACAUAGGUCAAGCUUUUAAAUUGAAAUUGAAGUGACUGUCCUGCCAGCUCAAGCUCAGAAACUCGAGUGCCAAUAGGGUUGGGAGUCGUUUGUAUUUUUUGCGAUUCUGAUUCUGACUCGAUUCUGCUAAUCGAUUCACCAUUUCGAUCACAAAAUUCGAUAUUUUAGGGGGUAAAAAGGUUAAACGUUUAGGUACUAAAAAUAUUUCUCUUCUUUUAAGUGUUAACUAAACGUUUAGAAAGUAAAUAGACUGAAAUAAACUUAUUAAACUGCGCCAUAUCAUACAACUCAUCUCUGAGGAAAACUAAACGAUUCAGGAACGAUUCAUUGAUUCACCGAGCCUCCUUCGACCCAAUAAACUCGAUAUUUAAAACGAACAGUGUGUUAAAUACGCAUUUAACUAAGCGGUUCUUAUAAAGUAAGAAUAAAAUAAGCAUAAUCAGCUUUUUCUGGCUACUUUUAGAUGCUUAUCGCGGUCCUAAUUACACAUUAGCUUAAGGUUAGCCGUACAUGCUAACUCUUUAACGCUUUCGUGUUGACGCCUGAGGUAAUAACAUAGACAGGUCCUGGCAGAUACGUAUGCACGUCCUUGCAGAUAUGUAUCCUUUGUUUACAAUAAUAAAACGUUAUCGCGUUUAGGAACCGAUAAGCAGAACCGAAAUUUAAUUAAAUGUUUAUUUUUAAUAAUUAGGGAAAAAAUCUUACGUUAAAUGUAAUUGAUUAAAUGUGGGAUUUAUUAGUAUUUAGAAAUGACUCCUACCUAACACAGGACAUCCUGAGGAGAUAUAAACGGCUCAUUCGAUAACUUGAUUAAAAAGUAGUAUUAAUUAAAAAGUUAAGUCAAAUGUUGAUUGAUUAAAGUCCACAUAAAACCAUAAACCAUGUAAAGUGAAGUUUUAUAAACUUGGUAACUUGUCAACAUUAAAUUUAUUAGGUUUCUGGAUCAUAUUGGGUAUUUGAACUCCAUUUGGGACUUACUCAGGAGCCCAACGGUGGCAACUCUACGCCUGUGGGACUUGACCCAGCAUCCUUCCGAGUGCCAAUCCACUGAGCUACCACUGCCUUUUAAUAUAACACAACAUUCACAGUCCAAACGUUGGAUAGAAACGACGGCAAGAAGGUCCUGGGUUCGAUCCCCAGGUAGGGCGGUCCAGGUCCUGUCCUCCCACAGUCCAAAGACGUGCAAGUGAGGUGAAUUGGAGAUACAAAAUUGUCCAUGACUGUAUUCGAUAUAACCUUGUGAACUGAUGAAUCUCGUGUAAUGAGUAACUACCGUUCCUGUCAGAAUGUAACCAAAAGUGUAAAACAUGACGUUAAAAUCCUAAUAAACAAACAAACAAACAACCCUAUUGGCAAGAACAGACCAUGUGGCAUGUAUACGGCCAACAUCGGUUAGGUCAAGGCUGGGGGUUCCGGUUCAAAGCUGAUUCUGUUACAUGUAUGUGCCGUGUGUGUCUAUUUUUUUUAUUAUUAUUAUUAUGAUUUUUUACAUUCAUUUACACCAGAAAUGGUAACUGGUUGCCAAAUGUCCUAGUUACAUUUAUAAUACUGUAAAUUCUCAGUUCCGUUUAGGUUGGGUUGGUUUGAUCGCAGGAUCGAUUGGCCCUUCAGUAGUUGCUUGCUGCAUGAACGUCCAAUUACUCCAAAUUUGGAAUCGUCCCAAGCUAUUUCUAUACAUACAUACAUACAUACAUACAUACAUACAUACAUACAUGCAUAUAUAUACUCUGUUUUACUUAAACUAAAUUAGUUCCUAGACCACGAUAGAAGUGAGACCAAAAUGUUUUCUUAUACACACGUGUUCGAUCACUAGGCCCGAUACGGUUAAGCAUGCGUUUUGCCUGACAUAAGGGAAGAAAAAAAAAUGUAAUUUGUACACAAAACCAUGUAUUUAUGCAUGAUUUUGCAUGACUUAAAAUACUAUACCUGUCAAACGUUUCUGGAUUAGCGGCGGACAUCGUAAAUACCCAGGGGACCAGAUCAUUUUGGAACGUUUACAGUUUAAAGUUUCUGCCUAAUUUGGGCUGUAUCACUUUUUAAAACCUUGAUAAAUCGCCGAGAAUACGAGCUUACGGAUCGCUGUCCAUGUACGACCUGGAUGUGUACGUCACUAAAUGCAUUUCCUUUUGUGAUAAAGACUGUUAAACCAAUAAACCAAUAAAAUUCCAUGUCUGAGAGCACCAA